CUGCGUACGAGCUCAGAGUUGGCUGGGCGCGCCCACCCGCACGCGGGGGGGGGGCGGCAAUAACGGAAGGGUUCUUUCUUUUGAAAAAAGAAAGAAAGUCUCUCCCCCUCCCGUCGUCAUCCGUUGCGGCAGACUGUGGGGAAAGGAUGCUUACGUCCCUCCUCUCUCCACCUCCAGCCUCGAUGUUAGACGACCAGCGGGGAAGCAAGCAAGUUUCCUCCUUACCCCGGAUCCCUUCAGGUGCCUCGAUCAUCUUUCAGAAUUCCAGACGGCGCCACUUUGAUUGAAGGACUUGCCCUUGUGACCAUUGCGCACCACCACAUUUCCUUUGCCCAACAUGUCCAAAGCAGCCACUCGCUCCUCCAUCUUUAAUGUGAUGCGCCAUGCUCAUAACCCCGCCUGCCCCUGUCACGGCUGCGCCUCCAUGCGCAACCCAGCGAACGUUGCUGCGAUCGCGCGCGCGGGCCUCAACAUGAUCGGCAAGCACAAUGUCUCCCCAAGCGCCGGCAGGCACUACGCCACUCCGGUGGACCAUACGUUGCAAAAGGAGUACGCGUUCGAGCUAGCCGCGAGCAAUAUCCGCUACGGCGAGGGUGUCACGCAGGAGGUCGGCAUGGACUUCAAAAACCUCGGCGCGACCAAAGUUGGCGUCUUCACCGACUCAACCGUGCGAAAUCUGACGCCAAUGAAGCAGGCAAUUGAAUCGCUCGAGCGCGCUGCUGUCAGGUAUGAGAUUUACGACAAGGUCCGCGUGGAGCCAAACGACCUUUCCUGGUAUGAGGCGAUCGACUAUGCACGCAAGGAAGAUUUCAGCCAUUUCCUCGCCGUUGGAGGUGGCAGCGUGAUGGACACGUGCAAGGUGGCCAACCUGUUUACGUGCUACCCGCAAGCCGACCUGCUCGACUUUAUCAACGCGCCGAUCGGCAAAGGCCAGCCGAUUGACAAGGUGCUUCGGCCUUUAAUCGCCGUGCCGACCACCGCCGGUACCGGGUCCGAAACGACCGGAACGGCCAUCACCGACAUCGCUAGCUUGCAGGCGAAAACGGGCAUCGCCAGCCGCGCGCUUCGGCCGCUUCUCGGGAUUGUUGACCCGCUCAACACCGAGACGUGCCCCACUGCGGUGCACAUCAGCGCUGGUCUCGACGUACUCGGUCACAGCCUCGAGUCGUACACUGCUUUGCCAUACAACGAACGUGUACCGCGCCCAUCAAACCCGAUCCUGCGCCCCUCGUACCAAGGCUCGAAUCCCAUCUCAGACGUCUUCUCGCUCUGGGCGCUGAAGCAGGUAGUCAAGUACUUGCCACGCAUCGCUAAGGACCGCACCGACGUCGAGGCGCGCGGGCAGAUGCUCCUCGCGGCCACGUUUGCCGGUAUCGGGUUCGGAAAUGCCGGCGUACAUCUUUGCCACGGGAUGAGCUACCCAAUCUCCGGGUUGAAUAAGAAAUUCGCCAAGUACCAACACCCUGGCUACGAAGUCACACACCCCAUCGUCCCACACGGGAUCAGCGUCGCUCUGACAAUCCCCGCCGUGUUCGAGUUCACCGCGCCGUCGAGCCCGGACCGGCACCGGGAGAUCGCAGCGAUCUUCAAAGGCCACGACGCCAUCAGCGAGGACAGCGCCGUGCAGCGCCUGCCGGACAGCGAGGUGGGCAAGGUCGUGUACGACCGCCUCGCCGAGUUCCUUGCGCGCCUCGGCGUCCCGCGCGGGCUGGCAGAGAUUGGGUACAAGAGCGAACACAUCCCGGAUCUCGUACAGGGCACGUUGCCGCAAAAGAGAGUCACCGUCUUGGCGCCGGGAAUCGCACAAGCACCGGACGAUGGCGCCGAGCACAUUUCGCGAAUUCUCGAGAAGUCCAUGUCGUACUGAGCAGGGCGCCUCGUCGUGUCGUCAGCCCGAUAUGUGGCAGGCAGCAUCAUCUCCCGAAAGGUUCUCGCCUACCCCAUUGUGUAUUGUAGUCUCUGCUAGCAUCCUUUGGACAAGCAACAGAUCAAGCAAUGUCAACGUUCAAAAGCGA